CCGCCCCAGCCGAGCUCCGGGCGAGCGGUGCCGAGCCGAGCUGAGCCGUUCGGAGCCGCCAGGCGCUGGGAGCCGAGCUGGUGACACCAGCCCCGGGUGGCCACGCAUGUCCCUCCGCGGGUGAGCCCGGGUGGAUGCUUGAGAGAGGAGGAUAAGGCACAAGAGUUUGGGACCGGUGGAAUGGAGGCCUGAUGUAGAUGGAAAGAUGGUACCUGAUUCAGGACAGCUGGAGCUCAGUUUUACACCACUUAUUCUAAGGCCUAUUGAGUUGAUGUUUGGGUAUUUCUGGAAACCAGCUGAAUUUAAGCAGCUACUGAAAAUGAAGAAGAAGCUCUGAACUCUAUUAUGAAGGAUUUGGCAGCGUUGGGCAAGUGUGGGGGGCUGCUGGACAACAACAGGAAUAAAAACAGUGUCCACUCCAACAAACAGCAGCGAAGUGUCAGGAUCAAGUUUGAGUAUGAAGGAGAGAAAAGGAUUAUCCAGUUUCCAAGACCAGUCAAAUUCAAGGAAGUGGUGCAGAAGGUCACGGAUGCUUUUGGGCAGACGAUGGACUUGGUCUGUGUGAACAAUGAGCUCCUGAUCCCACUGAAAUCCCAGGAAGAUUUGGACAAAGCGAUGGAACAGUUGGAGCUGAGCCCUUCCCUGAAGAGCCUGCGGAUCCUUGUGAGCGCUCCAAAGAAAGCGAAUCUCCUGCAGCCCAACAACAGCAAGCAGCAUGAGAUGAGGAUCUCCAGAUCCAUGGGCGAUAUCAUGGGAUCCCUGUACAAAGACUCCGAGAGGACGCGCAAGUAUUCCACAGGCUCCCUGCACACCGGCCGCAGCUCUCCGCCGCCGGGCAGCGUUCCCGAGGAGCAGCAGCAGAUCGCCCGCCAGGGAUCCUACACCAGCAUCAACAGCGAGGGCGAGUUCAUCCCCGAGACCAUGGACCAGAACAUGCUUGAAGCUUUCAUCAGCCCCGAUGACUCUCUGUCUGGGAGCUGCCAGUCUCUGGACAGGUCUGUGGACAGCCCUCCCUUUCCCCAAACCCCUGUUCCUGGAAGGAAGAGCCGUCCCAAAGACAGUCUUGAUUGCAUGGAUUUUGACAUCCCAUUCUGUGAGAGGUUUGGGAAAGGUGGGACCUUCCCGAGGCAGUACCAUCUCUCCCAAAGUCGCAAGGACUACAGUGAUGGCCGGAGGACUUUCCCCAGGAGUUACUUCCCACAGGAGAACCUGUUUCAGCUGGUCCCUUCCAGCAGAACCAAGAGCUUCACUGGGGACAGCAAGCUCAGCACCUUGCAGUAUGAUGAGUACAGACCCAAGUGUUGGAACAAUUGUGAAAAGGGUCUGCAGGCCUUCAGCACCUCCCCAACAAAAGCCAGGAACUCCCUGCAGGCACCUGUGAACUGGAGGCUGGGGAAGCUGCUGGGCAGAGGAGCUUUUGGGGAAGUUUAUCUCUGCUAUGAUGCUGACACUGGGAGGGAGCUGUCAGUGAAGCAGGUGCCUUUCGACCCUGACAGCCAGGAGACAAGUAAAGAGGUGAAUGCUUUGGAAUGUGAGAUUCAGCUGUUGAAGACUCUCCGUCACGACAGGAUCGUGCAGUACUACGGGUGCCUGCGGGAUCCUGAGGAGAAGAAACUGUCUAUCUUUGUGGAAUACAUGCCAGGGGGCUCAAUAAAGGACCAGCUAAAAGCUUACGGUGCUCUGACCGAGAAUGUCACACGCAAGUACACCAGGCAGAUCUUGCAGGGAGUCUUCUACCUUCACAGCAAUAUGAUUGUCCACAGGGAUAUUAAAGGUGCCAAUAUUCUGAGAGAUUCUGCUGGAAAUGUGAAACUUGGAGAUUUUGGGGCCAGCAAACGCAUCCAGACCAUCUGCAUGUCUGGGACUGGGAUUAAAUCUGUCACGGGAACACCAUACUGGAUGAGCCCAGAGGUUAUCAGUGGAGAGGGCUAUGGAAGGAAAGCUGAUGUGUGGAGCGUGGCCUGCACCGUGGUGGAGAUGUUAACGGAGAAGCCGCCCUGGGCAGAGUUCGAGGCCAUGGCGGCAAUUUUUAAAAUCGCCACGCAGCCGACCAACCCCCAGCUCCCCGACGGCGUCUCCAGCUCCUGCCGCAACUUCCUCAAGCAGAUCUUCGUGGAGGAGAAGCGGAGGCCGACGGCCGAGGACCUGCUGAGACACCCUUUUGUCAACUGCGGGCUCUGAGCGCCGGCAGCGGGGAUGGGAAGCGCCGGCGGGAGGUCGGACCUCACCCGGGGCUGUCCUGACAGUCCCUUCUCGCACGCUGCUGCCUCGGCCCCGCCACGCUCUUGGAUUUUCAAGCUGCUCUCGGGACUGUCGGGAAUUCAGAGCGAGGGAUUUCCCGGCCUGUGUGGGUGCUCCACACCACGUAACCUCCCUGCUGCCAGCGGUACCGGGGUCAGCCCCUCUCGCUCAGUAACUGCUCUCUUGGGGGAAGUGUGGCAAGCGGGAAAUGUCCCCUCAGCAAGCGGGAAAUGUCCCCUGCAGCAAGAGGGAAAUGUCCCCUCAGCAAGCGGGAAAUGUCCCCUGCAGCAAGCGGGAAAUGUCCCCGCAGCAAGCGGGAAAUGUCCCCUGCAGCAAGCGGGAAAUGUCCCCUGCAGCAAGCGGGAAAUGUCCCUUCAGCAGGCGGGAAAUAUCCCCUGCAGCAAGCGGGAAAUGUCCCUUCAGCAGGCGGGAAAUGUCCCCGCAGCAAGCGGGAAAUGUCCCCUGCAGCAAGCGGGAAAUGUCCCCGCAGCAAGCGGGAAAUGUCCCCUCAGCAAGAGGGAAAUGUCCCCUCAGCAAGCGGGAAAUGUCCCCUCAGCACAGCGGCAGUGCUGGCGGCAUCCCCAGGACCGGUGGGGGAGUCGGAUGCUCAGUGGCCAUCACCACCUUUCGCAGAGGAGCAGACAGGGCCUUCAGCCAAGCCGGAGGAGAUGAUCCUCAGACCACAGAGUCGGGGGGACCUGGGCGUCCCCGCUGACGAGGGGACCAACCCCGCCGGAGCAGCGGGCGCUGUGGCGGGCGGCGUUUCACACUGUCCUGUGCCUUACGCGGUUACAAUCAAGGAGUGAUGCUCGGCUCGGAUCUGGCGCGAGGGUGCAGCAGCCGUGUUGACUUCGCCUUGGCGCGUGUGUGUGUGCGUGUGUGAGUCUGGAACCAGGGGGUCCUCUCGGGGUGCAGGAGGUCUCUGCCGGGUACACCCGCGGACGGAUGCCCAGGACCCCUGCCGUGGGCUGAGGGAUGGGUAAAUGAUGGUGGUGGUGUUUAAAUAAGUGGGCAUGGCUGAGCAGCAGCCAGAUUGUGCUGGAAGCCAUCAGGAUUCAGGUGGGAGUCGAAGGGAAUAUCAGCAAGGAUGGCUCUGCUCUCAGCUACAGUUCUGCUGAGCCCUGGUCGUGCUGGAGGGAUGCCAUCGUGUUCUGGAAGUGGAGCUGCAGGGAGAGCCCAGUGGAUCUCUGUAAAACACAAGAGAGUUCCUAAAAUUAGGCAGAGAGGAGUGAUGCCUGUGAAUCUGGGUGCGUCCUCCUCUGGGCACCUCCUCCUCUGUGCCUUAUGGACCAUCCCCAGGUACAGGGAAGGGGAGCAUCACUUCCAUGGUAGUGCCCAAGAGAGCAGCUGCAGGACAAUGGAGCCUCAGACUGGGAAAGAGUGGAGCUGCAGCAGUGGAGGGCAGCUGGAAGCAGAUUCUUUCCCACAGUAGGUUUGAAGUUGUAUGAGAAAAUGGGCCAGUCAAAAGCUGAGCUGGGCUACAGCCUCUGACCAGUGCUACCCCACUGGGAAACCUGGGCAGGAAGCACACACAGAGUCCCUGGAAGCGAGUUAAUUAAUUAAUCAAUCAGCUCUUGGGGGGUUUGGGAUAAAUUAAUUGCACCAUCCCAUCUCCCCCUUCUCUGCUGCAUUAGCUGUUUCCACUGACUCAGCAAAAAGUCCAAAAAGCAGUUACCAGGGGGCUCCAUCCUCAGGCCAGUGUGUCAGACACAGGUUUAUUUUAGUGCUGGUUCUCAGUGAAAAGUGUUGCUUAGACUUAAGAGGAAAGUGACAAAUUGGUUGUUUGUGUGAACACAUCCUUGAAUUUUUCCAUGUGAAAGAGAUCCAGACUUUGCAUCGCUGGUGUGGUGGUGAGGGCAUGUCCAUGUCCUCAGCUCUGAGCAGAGAAGGAAGAUUUAGGAGGGUGCCCAGUGUGGCUGUGGAUGUCCCAUUUCUGGAAAUGUUCAGGCACAGGGUUGGAUAUGGCUCAGAGCAACCUGGUCUAGUGAAAAAGUGUCCCUGCCCCAUGGCAAGGGGUUGGAAUGAGAUGAACUCUAAGGUCCCUUCCAACCCAAACCUUCAAAGAUUUUAUGAUUUUAAGAAUUAUUUCCAUUUUUAAAAACAAAACACUGAGUAUUAGGGCAAAUUAAAAGAAAUGCCUAAAAGAAUUCCCUAUAAAUCUGUCUGAAAGCUAUUGAGGCCAUUUAUUCCAGGCCAGGUUCCGGGGAAGCUGGGGGGCUGGAGCAGCACCAGGGGUUGUGUCAGUCAGCCAUUGGGCUGAUGGGCAGCUCCCCACAGGGAGGAGGAAAAGUCUCUUUUUGCUGAGGGGAAUGAAGAAUUUUAUUCUGUGAAUAGGACCAAAUCCAUCAGUCUGGUCAGUAAUAUGGGAUGGAUGGAAACAAACACAGCGGGGAAAAAAAAAUCAGCAAUGUCUGGGAACAGGUUUGACAGAAGAGGCUAACAAAGUGUGUGUUCACCAAAGCUAAAAAAAAAAAAAAAAUCAAAACAGUUUUUAAGCUGUUUUCUCUUUUUUCAUUAAAUCUGUUUGGUUUUGGUUUUCUCAGCCCUUCAGUGGUGGGAGGGUUUCCCUUCUUUCCAAAGAUUUGAGAGCCAAAGGGGGCUCCUGGCUGUCCCAAAAUGCUCCCAGGGCCCUCAAACCACCUAAAUCCUCCCAUGGAUGGAUGUGGCUCAUGUGAGUGUGUGUGUGAGUGUGAGUGUGAGACACUCCUCAGGUGCCUUUGCCUUUCUGGUUUGUAAAACCCUUGCAGUGUUCUGAUGUACAGAAUGGAACUAGGAAAAGCAAAUGGAAUUAUUAUACCAUGUAAAGUCA